GGCGGGACUUCUGGGUUUCACGUGGGCGGUUCUGAUUUGACAGAAGGAAGAGGACUAGUGACAGAAGGAAGCCAACAUCAAAAAGCCGGGUUGUUCUGUUGGUUUCUUGAAGAAACUGGGAUCUAUGGCCGUUAAGGGGAUGAAUCUGUGCAGUGUUUGCUGUCUUGUCCUGUAUUUUGUUGCGGCAGUGCUUGCAGGGCGAGAUUUCUACAAGAUCUUGGGGGUGAGCAAGUCGGCAUCUGUGAGGGACAUCAAGAAGGCUUACAGAAAGCUGGCUCUCCAGCUUCACCCUGACAGAAACCCCGAUGACCCUACUGCUGCUGACAAAUUCGCAGACCUGGGGUCAGCCUAUGAGGUGCUUUCAGAUGAUGAGAAGAGGAAGCAGUAUGAUGCAUACGGAGAGGAUGGUCUGAAAGAGGGUCACCAUGGUUCUCACAAUGAUAUCUUCUCCAGUUUCUUUGGGGACUUUGGCUUCAUGUUCGGAGGAAACAGGCAAGGACAACAGGACAGGAACAUUCCCAGAGGAAAUGACAUAGUACUAGACCUGGAGGUCACACUCGAAGAAGUGUACUCUGGGAACUUUGUAGAGGUUGUGCGCAACAAGCCUGUAGCCAAAGAGGCCCCUGGGAAAAGGAAAUGCAACUGCAGACAGGAAAUGAGGACGACGCAGCUCGGACCUGGACGCUUCCAGAUGACCCAGGAAGUAGUGUGUGACGAGUGCCCCAAUAUAAAGCUGGUGAAUGAGGAGAGAACUUUGGAGGUGGAGAUUGAACAGGGAGUGAGAGAUGAGAUGGAGUACCCUUUCAUUGGAGAAGGUGAACCUCACAUCGACGGAGAGCCAGGGGAUCUACGCUUCCGCAUCAAAGUUAUGAAACAUCCAGUGUUUGAGCGUCGAGGAGAUGACCUGUACACUAACGUCACAAUCUCACUGGUAGAGGCUCUGGUUGGCUUUGAGAUGGACAUCACACACCUCGAUGGACAUACGGUUCACAUUGAGAGGGACAAGAUCACCAAGCCCGGUGCCCGGCUGUGGAAGAAGGGAGAAGGCCUGCCAAAUUUUGACAACAACAACAUCCGUGGAUCUCUCAUUGUCUCCUUUGACGUCGAGUUCCCACAGACACAGCUGGAUGACAAUCAGAAAGAGGGAGUGAGGGGGAUUCUGAAACAAUCGUCAGUACAGAAGGUUUACAAUGGACUACAGGGAUACUGACACCCCAACAGACAGUCUGGACUGAGUUCUGUGCCACACAAACCCACACACACACACAAACCCACACACACACACACACACACACAAAGGAGCACGCUUGGCGGUGUAUUUAUUUUUUGAUUGUUCUCAGGAUGGGUUGAUUUGUUUUAUUUUCUAAUAUUCUACAUUCUGAAGGUGGCUUGAUGUUGUUAAUUUUCUUUUUUAAAAGAAGUCCUGGUUAUAUUUAACGCUGUAUUUGUCCUUUUUAAUUUACUUGCCCUUGCCCCAAAAAUUAUUUUACUACCACCUUAAUUCCCCCUCAAAUUACAAAUGACUUAUUUGCUUCAAUUUGGAGAGUUUGGAUCUUCAAGUCAACAUACCUUUUUAAUGUCAACUACUGGCAUCCAAUGUCAACCACUCACAUACAUCUUGGAUCAUGAAAGCUCACAUUUCCAAUGUUAAACCCAUCCCACCUGACUGAGCUCUAGAAGAGGAGCUUUCCUGGAAUCAAAGGACUCUAGAGUCAACAACUCAUGGACAACAGCAAGACUGGAAUACCUUUCCCUCCCUGUUUUGAUAAGUUUUAUGUAUGUAGUACUGUACUAGGUCGUUUCAUUUAACCUUGAGGGAUUUUAACCCCUCCGACACCUUAAACGAUUCUGUCAUUUAA